UUUAGUGCGUUUUGGGUAACACGCGCGGAUGGCACUCAUCAGACGCUGUUCAUACUGAAAACGAAAAAGACCUUGGGAAGAGUUCGCUUUUUAUAAUAAAAUAAAGUUUAAAGUUUCGUUUAUAUCUUCAAAAAGAUGAAAUAUUUUAGUUGUUUACUAAUUUUAAUGUUUCUUGGCGCUUGUGCUGCCUUUGGUCAAUAUCACAUGCGACACUAUAACAGCCGACAGGUGGAUUCUAGCGAGGAAGAUGACAGGAAUUCAGUGUUGCGUUCAUAUCGCCGUUGCAUGUGGGAGCAAUCGAAAUUCCUACCACGCCGUCUAGUGCUGCUCAGCUUGUGUGCGAAUUUGUUUUGUGAGAAUAAUCAAAUCGUACCACGUUCCAGGUCUAUUUUUGUAGUGGAAAAGAUGUCUAGACCCAACGACUGCCUGGAUAUAUUACCCGAACAAUGCGAGCAAGGCGAUGAGGAGGAGUUGAUGUAUAAACCCUUUCCGGAUUGCUGUCCAGUCUAUUGCAAUCUGAAGCGUCGCAUGCAACGUUUGAAAACAAUGCAUUACAGGCACCGUAAGCUAUUGAAUUUGCAACACCAACAAGCACAGUCAGACUUGAUCUUGGGCAACUACAAUGUGGAUGAUCUAAGUUUUAGAUAAGAAUGGAAAUCAAAAAUGAUGUGCACGCACCAUCGCAUGGUGUAAAAAGUGAGCGCGUGCCAAGUGGCAAUGAGUUUACGUAUUCCUUGCUUUAUUAAAAGUAAAUUUAAAUUAAAGAGAAUAAAAUAAAAAGAAAAAAA